AUGAGCUCGCGGGUAGAUGUUGGUGUCCCAAAAAUUGAGGUUGAAAUGACUGUCACGGUCUCAGCCGCUGGUCAGAAGAUGAUUAUCCGCUACGAGGUUGACGAAUCCCAAAAAACGGUGAACCCGUACCAUAACUUUUUACUCAUGGCACCUUUCCUCAACAUCAUCGUGACAAUGUUUAUAGUCACAAGGUGUUGCCGCCGCAGCAUAUUUGACAACACAAGUGUUAGAAAAUCAGUUUCUCUAAAAUAA